AUGAAGAGCGUGGAGUUGGGUUUAUUGAGACUCAUGCAUGUAGAUACAAAUUUGCGAGGUGAUGUCGAGUCUAGUGAACUUGAGAUGCUACAAUGUCCUAACAAGUGCUCAAUAGAGGGUGGGCUUGAUGAUGUAUGGGUGAUUGUUGAUGAUAGGCUGUAUCAGAAUUCCUGUAAGAAAUUCAGCAGGAGUUUUGUUAAGGAUUUGUGGAAUUUAGGGCGGGAUCUGACCAAGGUGGUGAUUGUUGACGACAAGCCUUAUUCUUACAUUUUGCAGCCCGAAAACGCCAUCCCGAUUAUUCCUUUUACUGAUGAUCUUGGAGAUGAUGAAUUGAAGAAAUUGAUGAGUGGAUUUUUCACAAGGUGUCAUGAAUUUGAAGAUUUGAGGGAUGCUGUGAAACAUUAUGUUGGAAAUGGAGUUGCAUAUUCAAAUUGCAUUGAGAAAUUGAGUGAAGAUAUGUGGGGAUAG